UAUUUCUGUAUUUAUUGAUUAGAUCCUGGUUAUGGUGUUUGGAUGGGCUUAUAGCUUUUGAUUUAUAAGUCAAAAGCCAGAAGUUAAAGGAAUUCUAACUUAAUGACUUAUUUUUUUCUUUUUAGCUUAAAAAUAAGUGCUUAAAAGCACUUACUUUAUUUUACCCAAACACUUCAAAAGUGCUUAAAAGCCAUUUUGGCUCAAAAGCACUUAAAAAUAAGCCAAUCCAAGUAGGCCCUAUCUUCUCCUGCUUCCGCAUGUUGUGGUGUAUUAGUCAUCUUUCUCCAAAAUACUUAGGUAGAUGAAGAGAGUGGUUGCUAUAGUGUUUAGAGGGUCGUAGAAUAUGGUUUACUUUUGAGUGAGAUAAAGAAAGCAUCUGGACUUACGCGUAAAGCCUGCCAUGGUAGUCUUUCUCCAAUGAGAAUAAAGAAAGUUUAUGGGCAGGAUAUUAAUGGCACUUGCCCCUUGGAAAUUACCGAACUGAAACAAAUGGUUAAUAAAUAAUACAAGGCAAUUUAAAUUUUAUGGUUUUAAACUAAAGAUAGGUGUAAUGUACCAAAAUACUCUUUGAAUCUUGUAGUUUUAAAUGUCAUGUAGGAUGUUGGGUGUAAAGAAAGUGUCAUUCUUUUUUGAAUAGUCUAAAAAUGAAAGACAAAUAUAUUGAAAGGAGGGAGCACCUAUUUCUCUUAAGUUACAGAUGAGAAUCAAGUUUUCAUUGAAUCGUCAUGAAAUGAUCUAUCUGAAGAAAAAAACAUUGAAUUGUUAUCUAUGAUGAAAAUGAUAUUAUAACUGAUUAUGUGUAUAUAAGGGCCCUGUUCAUUCAGAAUCUUUAAAAUGUACUGUUAGAAAAGGAUUCAUGAGCAUGUGGACAAACAAAUGGUAAAUAAAAUGUCUUAGAACUUAAUACUCAUAUAGCAGUUGUGGAAUUUCAAAGAUUCUAUUGGGACAUAUCUUUCUUUUUCAGUAUUUGGUUCUUUUCUGGGCUGCACAUUCUAUCUCUUAAAGUUACUCGAAUUUGGUACAAUGAUUUCAAGUUGUCACUGGAAGAUGAUAGAUUGCACAAGCUGAAACAAGAAUGAAUUUAAAGAGAUGGAGGGGAUACCUAACUUACUUUGGUUUUGCAUAAUGAAUAUCUAAUAAUCAUCAUUACAUCAGAUUCAUUAAGAUUUGGAUGUUGCAACAACUUUGAGCUUAGCUUGAAUUGACCUUGUUAGCUUCUCCUAAGUUACCUCGUAUACACAUGCCACAUUUUCGGGAAAGGUACAAAUAUGCCCCUGAAAUUUAAUAAAUGGUACAAAUAUACCCCCGUCAUAUUUUGGGUACAAAUAUACCCUUGCCGCUAAUGAAAAGGUACAAAUAUACCCUCGAACUUUAAUAAAUGGUACAAAUAUAUCCUCCAUCAUACUUUGGAUACAAAUAUGCCCUUGUCGUUAAUGAAAAGGUACAAAUAUACCCUUCUCAUUUACGACGGGACACGUGCCAGCAUCGUAUUGUACUAUUGUUUGGUCCUUUUAAUUUAUUUUAUCUAUGAAUAAUUUAAUCCAUAUUAAUUAUAACCCAUACCCGAUCCAAAUAAUCCGAACCGUCCUGUGAUACAAUGAGGACCUUGGUUUGGCCGAGGAAUGUCCAAACUUUGCAAGUUUUUCUCAUGUUUCUGUUCUUAAAAUGUUGUCUUCUUGUUCACUCUUUGAAGUUGGUGAACAAUGGUGUAACAAUGAAUUUAAAGCAGGACAACAAUCAUGAAGAAUUUCUGAUUCAUUGACGCUCAUGAAUCAGAAAAAACAAACAACAGUCGUUAGAAACAUUAAACAACGUCAGAAUAUUAAUCUAACAUCAGAACAUUAACCAACAUCACAAUAUUAAACAAAUUUGUACUCGAUUUUAGAUGGUAGAUGGAUCGAAACAUGAAUCGAAUCAAUGUAUUUGUUAGGGUUUUUUGGGUUAGUGAGAGAGUGUGAGUGUGAGAGAGUGGAAGAAAGAAACACGCGUGAAUAGAGAUGCGUGAUAUGUUUCUUGAAGCUUCUCUAUUACAUGGAUCGGGUCGGGUUAUUUGGAUCGGGUAUGAAUUAUAAUUUACGAUAGAUUAAAUUAUUCAUAGAUAAAAUAAAUUAAAAAGGGCCAACCAAUAUGAUGUUGACACGUGUUCCGUCGUUAAUGAGAAGAGUAUAUUUGUACCUUUUCAUUAACGGCAAGGGUAUAUUUGUAACCAAAGUAUGAUGGAGGGUAUAUCUGUACCGUUUAUUAAAGUUCGGGGGCAUAUUUGUACCUUUUUCGUUUUAAAUAUUGAUGAUUUGGAGGGAAAAAAGGCAUUUUGCUGGUGUACCUUCCCAUAUAGAGAAACUUCACUUUUACAACAUCAGCAGAAUUUGCCUUCCCACAAGACAAAGAAAUUAUGGUCAAUUAACUUGAGCUACUAUAGAGUGGGAACACAAGUAUACUAUAGUAUCGUAAAAGUUCUACUUAUUGCGUUAAGAUUUUUACAUAAGAUUAGAUCCUGAGCCUAAAAAGAUUCGUAGAAGAUGUGACUUUUAUUCAUGACUAUAGCUAGAUUUUGCUGUUACAUAAUCUCGUGGUCACCUUGAUUCCUCUUUAGUUUCGUGUCUUUCUUGUAUUAGUAUUGGCAUGUUGAUCAGUCUAAUCCAUUCUUGUUCAGGGAAAGGUGCUAGAAUCUGUAUCAGGAAGAAGUUCAUUUUGGAGUAUAAUCCUAGGCUUCCAAACAUAUGCAUAUAAUUGAGACAUUGUAGAAAAUACCAUCUUCCUUCGGCAGUUACAUAUGUUAUCCACUGUUCAAGGGGCCUAGGAUCAUACACUAUCGUUCUCACUAGUUGAAUUUCAUCAUAUUAAGCAAGGUCAUACUAUCAGUGUUAGUAUAAUAAGUUACUAUACUUGGUCAUUUAUAAGAUAGAUGAAACAGAAAGGAUUGGAGUCAAAAGAAGAAUAUGCUACUUUUAAACAAAAUAUGCUAGCAAUAGUCUCUCCAUUUACCAUUAGGAGAAGUGUACGUAAUCAUUCAGAGAACGAAAGAAAAACACGAAAUUGCAUUGCCUAGGUAGAUUGUGACAAUAACAUUGUGGCUUUGGCUGCCCUCCCUCACUAUUAUAAUGAUGUGAACAGCAUAAACAUUAGUUGAACAGCAUUGGCAAAGAGAUGGUGAUAAGAGCAUGCUCUUUCAAGUUGAAUUAAUGAACACGCUGUAAGAUUUUUGUUGGAUACAGGCCUGCAAUUUUCAAAAGAGAGACCCAUUUAUUUAUGAGUUGUCUCAAGGAAAGAUUAAUACUCCAUGGUCUUGGUAGCCCGUCCACAAGUGACACACCCGUUGACUUAGUUUUUUGGUGCCUAGUUCCAAAUUCAACUACGGCUCGCUUUGGUCUGAUAUACCAUUAUAUUUAUUUUAUUUUUGUAGUCAAAUUUAGUAAUAGUGGUUAAAUCAUGGUUCAUGUGCUUUAAAUAGUUUUUAUGUCAGCAUGCCUAUAUUGAAUUCAAAAUUUCCUUCCUAACUAGGAAGGUCUUUCUACAUGAGAUGUUUUAAUUCAUCAAAUUGUAGAUGAAGGGAGUGAAGCAUGUUUUUUGUUUUUUAAUACACAAGUGAAUGUGCAUCAAGCAUUUUCUAAUACUUAUAUCCCUCUUAAUAUUGGAGAGAGUUAUAUAUAUAAUAUUUAGUGGAAUUAACUACUAAUUUGAAAUGAUGAUCGUCUUUAAAGAUGAGGGAAAGCAAUUGGUUUAUUCUUUCUAAACAAGAGGAGAUUGAGGCAGGAGGCAUGUAAUUUCUUCUCCUAGAGUCAAUUAACUUGUACAUACUGUCACAUUGGUUCAUUUUAGGAAGGAGAAUAUCUAGUUAUGGUUAUGUGGUGACGCAUACAGAAGUUCUUCAAGGAAACGUGACGAAGUGUUGGUUGGGGCUUUGGCGUCAAUUGGGUGCGUGUUGCUUAAAAUAAAAUCAGCUGUCAGACUUGUGGUACUGGUCCUAAUUCCAUUCCUUGAGAGGACUGCCAAUUUUAUUAUUCUCCCCUUUACAUCAAGGCUCAUUAUUUUGCAUGAAUAAUGAGAGAAGAGAUAAAAAAGAAGAUGAGAGAGUUUGAUGGAUGGAAAAGUUGAGAGAGAGAGAGGUAAAAGCAUACCUUUUUGGAAUCUUGACCUCUGACCCCUCCAAUUUUAUUCAUUCACUCUCUCACAACUCCCAAAACUGUAAUCUUUACUUGUAUGUCUCCCUUUGCCUCUCUCUUCUUGUUGUUCUACCAGUUUCUGGCCAUAAUAGGAGUAAUAAGCAUAGUUAUAGGUCUACACGGACAACAUGGAUUUCUUGAAACUGAGGUUUGUAUUAAUGGAGAACGUGGUGGACCUUAUCAAAUUUUCCAAUCGUUCCGUGGGCAAUAUGCGUUAAGCAGACUUGUAGGGGUGACCUACCACGCGGGGUAUUCUUUCGUCAGAGAAGUUGCCACUAUAUCCAUUGCCCACAUAUAGAGUUAUUUUGAGGGGUGUUACUCCCAUAGAAUUUGAGUCAAACACAGUUGCAUAUGAUGAAGGCUGAGAACUCGAGUUAAAGAAGAACUCUUUCUUAGUGAUGCACUUUCUGGUUUUCCUUCGGUACGCAAGAGAUAUUAAAGUUGUUUUGAAGGAACUUCCAAUUACUUAACAUAAACUAAUGAGCAUCAUUUUUCCUCUUUUUAUGUAUAUGAUUUUCUUUUUUGGUGGAGAAUAAUGAGCAGAUGAAAUGACUUACACUACUUGACUUACAUUACUCACACUGAUGAGCCUAGAUCUGAUUUCCAGCAUUUUGUAAGAUUCGGGAGGAAUGGUGAGUCCACAUAGUUUGCAUGUAGAGUAAUGGAAGCCUGCUAGUUCCAUGUUUUUGCAUGUGUUGCACAUGAGAAGCAUCUACAGAAACAACACUCAGUUCUUAGUUUGAGAGGUUUCAUUUUAUAACUACGGUUGAGCUUGAAAUGGGUUCUGCAUUAAUGAGUUUUGCUGAUGCAGUGUGGUUAUUUUGUAGGUUUGCUGGUAAGUGUUCUAUACAAUCAUCUUCUUCAGUUGAAUGACAAUGACUAUCUGCGUGGUGCAAACGGACGUGCCUGGGGUUCGUGUUCGGCCAGAGAAUAAAGUUGAAUGGGACCCAGACGCGGAGAGAGUAAGACUACCUUCGGGGAAGCCUUUGGUCCCUGACUAUGCUAUGAGCUUUGUCGGUGGCAAUUCCUCAAAACCGUUUGGUCGUUUGUGGUGUGAUGAAACCGUCCUAACAGUUGUGACGAGAUAUGAACCACAUAAUCAGACCAUAAUACAUCCAGUACAAGACAGAGUGCUCACGAUCCGCGAAAAUGCAAGGCUCCAAGGUUUUCCUGACUACUACGAAUUGACUGGGCCAAUAAAAGAAAGGCUGGUGACCGAGGACACAUGUUUUAAUGUUCUCACUUCCUCGAGUCUAAAGGCUUUAGGUUGAGUUGGUUCAAGACGGAAUAUUUGGAGUGUAAGUUCAGUGAGGUUUCUCAUGAGUCCAAUGUGGUUGUUAAGCUUGAUACUCAUUCUAUCAAUAACAGAGAUAAUUUCAAGUAUCUGGGGUUUAUCGUUCAGGAGAAUGGAGAGAUUGACGAAGAUGUCACUCAUCGGAUUGGGAUUGGGGUAGGGUGGAUGAAAUGGAGGCUCGCCUCCGGAAUCUCGUGUGACAAAAAGGUAGCUCCUAAACUUAAAGGCAAGUUCUACAGAGAGGUGGUUAGACCAGCUUUGUUGUAUGAGGCGGAGUGUUGGCCUGUUAAUAAGGCCCACAUCCAGAAGAUGAAGGUGGCGGAGAUGAGAAUGCUUCGGUGCAUGUGUGAGUAUACUAGGAAAGAUAGGAUUAGAAAUGAGGUUAUUCGAGAUAAGGUGGGAGUGACUUCGGUGGAAGCUAAGAUGAGAGAAGCGAGGUUGAGAUGGUUUGGUCAUGUGAUGAGGAGUGGCAGGGAUGCCCUGCUGCGGAGGUGUGAGAGGUUGGCUAGGGAUGGUUUCAAGCGAGGUAGAGGUGGACCGAAGAAAUAUUGGAGGGAGGUGAUUAGACAUAUGACAUGGAGCAACUCCAGCUUACCGAGGAGCUUACUGAGGAUAUGACCCUAGAUAGGAAGUUGUGGAGAGGCGGAUUAGGGUAGAAGGUUAGUAUGAGUUUAGGAUGCUGUAUCAUUUGUUGUAUUACUUGGUGCAUCUUGUUUAUGGUAUUAUUGGAUGUGUUAUUUCUAUUGUAUCUUUGCCCUUUUACUAUUUCUUGUCUAGAUUGUUUUAUUUUGAGCUGGGGUUAUCGGAAACAACCUCUCUAUCUCACAUUUGAGGUAGUGGUAUGGACUGCAUACACUUAACCUUCCCUAGACUCCACUUGGUGGGAAUAUACUAGGUAUGUAGUGUUGUUUUAUGGUAUUCAGGUACAUGCAAAGCAGGUAAUGUUUGAAACAGCUAUGCCACCAGAAUACUGAAUCAUAUCUUGGAGAAUGCAAUUGCUGUUAGGGGUGGGUGUUCGAUCUGAUUGUUUAAUAUCGGUUUGGUUUAUUGGUUUUCGAAUUGACAAAAAUGACAUCUAUAACCAAACCGAAAUAAAUUUGGUUCGGUUCGGUUUUUACAAAUUCGGUUAGGUUAUUUUAGAUUUUUAUCGGUUUGAAAUAUUAAAGUAGUUAGUCUCUUUUUUUUCAUAACUGAGCAUUUAAAAUUGAUGGGCUUUUUUAGAAUUUUUUUUUUUCAAACCUGUUUUUCAUUUUCAAAUAUAAAUAACUAUAAAUAACUCAACAUGGAUGAAACGAAAUGAAAUAAUCAUAAGCUUAACAUAAUACAUAAUGUCAUUAAUCAUUACAUAUAAUAACCUUGCAUAAAUAGUCUACAAAGUAACACAAAACUCAUAAAAAUAGUCCUUGAGACAAUACGCUUUCUGCAUAAAACAAGAGUGGUCGGUUGGUCACCGCCGGCUCCACUAUUUCUCACCGGUGGAUAGUCACAACUCACAAGCCCACAAUCAGUAGAAGUGAAAACGAUCGACGAAAGGAACACUGCCUUACCAUCGGUGGAAAGGAGGAACACUCGUGAGUCGUGACUCGUCGUCGCUGGUGUACGUGAGAAACAACGCAACACAGGGAAUACCAGAAUAGGGAUUGAGGGUUGGCAAUGGGCAAUGGCUGCGGCGUAUGAGAAUUUGCUUUUAAAUGUUAAUUGUGAAUGUGAAUUACUAAAUAUUAUAUAUAUAUAAUAAAAUAUAUAUAUUAUUUAUUUAUUCAUAAAAUUUUGGCUUUUAGGUUUAACAGACUUUUUUUUUUAAAAUCGAAAAUUGAACCGAAAAAUUAAAAUUUUAAAAUCACAAACCUAAUCCGAUCUGAAAAAUCAAAAAAUCAAAAUCAAAAUUAAAUUUCGAUUUGAUUUUUUGAUUUUUUUGAUUAAAAUCAAAAUAUGUCCACCCCUAAUUGCUGUACCAGUUACCCGAGCUUAGGGAUAUUCGUCGGCCAUGUUGAUGAAGGGAUUAUCUGGAGAAACGUCAUUGUUCGCAUUGCUGACAAACUUGCCAUUUCAUGAGGGACAGAAUUUCCUCGGAGUGUCCCAAUAAUUGAAGAAUAAUUAUCUGUGACUACCAAAUGAUCUUUCCCCUUUGUGUGGGGGGCCUGGUUAUUCAUAGGAUGUUAGUUUCAUUUAUUUAUUUUUGCCUUCAAACAUUGUUUCACAAUGCAAAUCAUGUGUAAUAGCUAAGCGAACAUGUGGCAUGUUCUUUCCUAGUUGCUGUUCUACGUAACAUUUCAAGUUAUAAACGGUGAGAAUCAGGUGUA